AUGGGGGAAGUGGUCGACGAGGAACUGGACAAAUUGAGAGCUAACGUGCCCGUCAAGAAACUCACGCGCUUAAUCUUGGAUAUACUUGGUGUUAUUUAUGAUGACACUGACGUCGCUCAGAUUCACAGAAUACUUUGCUCUGCUCUUUCCGGUGAGACAUACAACGCGACUGACUUGCUCGAGCAAUAUGGUAAGGAGUUGUCUGACCAGGCAAAGGACUCCCUUUUGAAGGUGUUCCGUAAAGCUGCUGAAAAGGCUCUGCCCACUACAUCUGAUGUUCCAUCUGAUGACGCUGUUGAUGAAUCGCCUCCCGAGUUCGAGAACCCCGUAAUUGUGGAGCAAGACAUCUCCCUGCCCGGCUCCACUGGCGAGCAAAACAUUGCCCUGCCCGGUUCUAUUGGGGAGCAAGACACCACCUUGCCCCGUCCCAUUGUCGAGUUAAAUAUCCCCCUGCCCGACUACUUUGGCGAGCAAAAUAUCCUCCUGCCCGGUUCUACUGGCGAGCAAAAUAUCGCCCUGUCCAGCUCCAUUGGGGAGCAAGACACCACCUUACCCCGUCCCGUUGUCGAGUUAAAUAUCCCCCUGCCUGGCUACUUUGGCGAGCAAAAUAUCCUCUUGCCCGGUUCUACUGGUGAGCAAAAUAUCGCCCUGUCCAGCUCCAUUGGGGAGCAAGACACCACCUUGCCCCGUCCCAUUGUCGAGUUAAAUAUCCCCCUGCCUGGCUCUAUUGGCGAGCAAAAUAUCCUCUUGCCCGGUUCUACUGGUGAGCAAAAUAUCGCCCUGCCCGGCUCUAUUGGCGAGCAAGACAUCUCCCCGUCCGGCUCUACUGGCGAGCAAAAUGUGCCCCUGCCUGGUUCCACUGGCAGAUCAUCUAACACCCCUAGGGGCAGAAAGAGAAAGAAGCGGUCUGAUUUCUUUUCCAAGAUCAUGCGUUUUGUCAAAGAAGCGAAACGCUCUGCGUUGAAUGAUCCCGAUACUAUGCGCGUGGAAAAGGUAUUUGUUUUUGAGGACCCCCGUAUGAUUGAUGUCGUGGUACCCGAUUCUGACACCGACUGA